UAGCCGCGACAGUAUAAUACUACUCGUCUUUCGACGUUCGUUCCUGGUUUCCAACAUAAACGAAAUUGACAAGAUCCACCAUGGGGUUCUUACGAUGUCUGUGGAUCGGUUCAACCACACUACGUUGCGUACGAAAGCCAGAUAGGAUUUCAUUUGCAUAUUACCAUGACAACCAGUCAAGUGAGCCAAUCAACAAGCAGCAACAGAAGAAGGGGAUGUGGAACACUGAGAGUAAUCACAAGAAAUUGCAUAUAGAUACAAAAGAUAUGGAUUCAUGUUCCGUGUAUGAUAUACUAUGUGCUAGUAUUGUUCCCAGACCUAUUGCGUUUGUCAGUACAUGCUCACUAAAAGAUAAAGUGAACAAUUUGGCUGCAUUUAGUUUCUUUAUGCCUGUUACAAGUGUUCCUCCAACUCUGGCAUUUUCAAUCACACGGUAA